CUUUUUAUUGUACUGGUAUGAUCUCCAGAAUCAUUCAUACUACAGCGAACUCUCUCACUCAUAGUACUACAGUCUACAGCUCUCUCUAUUACUUCUACUGUUGCAAAGAUCGAUCCGAUCCUCGGUCUCGAUCGCAUACAGUCUCGCCCAGCUGUUGCCCACCUCUCGAUCUUGUACACUCGGAGCUUUCUUCUGAUCGAUCAAGAAUCACACAGCUAGUUAGCUAGAAACAGAGACAUCGAUCAUGGGAGACUCUUCUGCUUCAUACAUACACCUGGUGCAGCACCUGAUAGAGAAGUGUUUGAUCUUCCACAUGAGCAAAGAAGAGUGCAUGGAAGCUCUGUCUAAGCAUGCAAACAUCACACCUGUCAUCACCUCCACCGUGUGGAAUGAACUGGAGAAAGAGAACAAGGAGUUCUUCGAGGCGUAUGCAGUGUCUCAGAACAAAAAAGAUCGAAUGUCUGAGGAAGAGACAAGUCAAUUGAUCAAAAAGAUGAUAUCAGAUUCCUCCAAAGAUUCAGACGACUAGCUAACAUGCUAUGGAUAGCGAUCUCACCUUGGCUUCUGGUUGGUAGAUAGCCUUCAACAUAUAUCAUAUCUAUCUAUAUGGAGCCAAACUAUUCGUAUCACCAGAUCCCAACCCAAUAAGAACAACAGCAGCAUCGAUCAUAUAUAAUUAUAUAUGUAGUGUUAUUUGCAUGAGGUCCCCUACCCGUAAAUAUUUUUUUCAUUAACGAAAUAAUAAUACGGAAGCGCACGGAUCUGUAUAUUUCAUGGUUGGUGCCUCCCCUUUCCUCUUCAAAUAAUGCUUCAAUGCCAUUUGCCCACCCACAUGCUUCGUCUUGUUCAGCCUAUUAUAUUGCACCAACCAAUCAGUACUCCUGGCGCCCCGAUAUUCUUAUCAUUUGAACUUUUGAAGGAAUUCAAUAUCAUUGGAAUUAAACAAGGGUUCAAGUUUGUAAUGUUCCAUCAGUUAAAGUGAAUUUGAUUGAUAAUGAAAUAUGUUCUUGUUCU